AUGACGAGCACGGCUGAGGCGGGCAAGAAACGCAACUCGUUCUCCUUGCUCUCCUCCAAGAGCGCCACAUCAAAGCUAGACUCGGAAGAGACGCUCAAUGGACGAUUCAUUCCAGAGAGCAAGCGUGGAUGGAAGUACGACGCUCCUUACACGCAGACGGGGUCGUCCUUAUCAGUAAAGCAGGCACAACCAUCACCGCCUGCUUUGCUCAAAACGACCAGCACAACCACACCGCAGCUCGAUAGCUCUUCCAGCGACCCACCAGCAUCCCGCGCGGUUCUCUCAGCUCCCUUGUCUCCCAAAAACAGGUCGAUCGCACUCAAGCCGGCUGCUGCUGCACCUCCCGAAGCGGUUUCGUCAGAUUCCUCCUCUUCGGACGACGAGCCAGAGCCGAGCCCACCCGGCUUGCCUCUGUCCGCCCCGCUUGACGAAGCUGGCCCAGCCAGUCGCGACAAUGGUGGGGGCGGCAGCGCUUCAGGCGCCGACGCUCGACGUCAUCCAGACGACCUCGUCUACCCAGAGACGUAUCCCUGGAAGCCAUCGCGUAAAAAUCCAAAGGCCAAAUACAUUCAUCCAGCACAUCGCAAUCCGACCGCCAAACAGGCUUUCUAUGACACUCACUUUGGCUCUUCUUCCAACUAUCGCGGCUUCCUGCCUGCCUCAGGCUCCCUGCUGAGUCUGAGCACCAACAAGGUCGACAUGAGGCGCCGGUCAAGUGACAACAGAACAGAUGCAACGGCAGGUCUCAGCACCGAGAACGCGGAGGGCGACGCUCAUACCAAGGCGCUGAUCUCAACGGUAAAGAAACCAUUUGCGACGGCGUCAAAGCUGUUGACCAAAGCUCGUCGCAAGAGUUUUGGUGCAUGGCCUAUUAGCCACAUCGAUACUGAAGACGAUAACGAAGCCCCCCAGAAUUUGAAGCGUCCUCAUCCAGUCCCGCUCUAUGACGGAGCUGCCGACGGCCUUGCCGCCCAGCAAUCAGGGUUCAGCUACGGACUGUCGAUGGAAGAUGCAGCACAAGUAGAGGCUGUGGUGUCUCGCCACGCAUCCCGCGAGGAUAUCACCACUCCCGUCCGCCUCGAGGAGCAGUUCUCCCCACCCGCUUCCCAGGAAGCUUCCUCAUUCCGAUGGCGCGAGGCCAUGCACAGCGCAUGGGGCUUCCUGCCGUCGUUUGACUUUUUCGCCUCCUUUUCCGGUCCCACUGAAGACGACAAGGAAAUUACCGCGAGCCCAUCCGUCAACAUUCUCGAGCCCGAAGCCAUUCCCACAGUCAAAAAGGACGCGGGCAACCCGGACUACUUCAAGAACUUGUCCGGAAACGUCGUGCUGAUGGGCGGGUAUCGCGGGAGUGUGCUGCGCGAUGCAGAGACGAGCAUGAUGAUGUGGAUCCCCAUCAAGGUCGGCGUCGGUCUUCGGCGUCCUACUUUGGAACUCGGGCUGUCGACAGAGGCUGAGGAGAAGUCGGAGGACUUGGUCUACUCGAACGAGAUGUGCACGUCGAUCGGCAAAUUAGUGGAUAUGGGGAAGCGUUUAGAGGAACGGAUUGCUGGUCGAAGGCAUGCUAAAGUGUAUGUGUGGGGGUACGACUGGCGAUUGUCCCUCGCUCGGUCCUCGCGAAGAUUGAUUAGCUUUCUUGAGGAGCUGUACGAUGGUUCUGCGGAUGCACGGACGGGCACGAAGCGCGGGGCGAAAGUCGUCGCCCAUUCGAUGGGUGGCCUGGUGGCGCUGCAUGCGCUCGCAACGUGCAGUAACCCGCGCAUCUUUGAAGGUUUAGUCUUCGCGUCGACGCCGUUCCUAGGAACACCUAACAUUCUCGGUCCCUUCCGGUUCGGCGAUGCUGCGCUGUUCAACGAUACCAUCUGCUCGCCUCGUGCUACCUUUAGUUUUAGGAGCAGCUUCUAUCUGCUGCCGACGGACGGGAGGUGUUUCGAGGUACCCGUGGGGGAUCCGGAGCAAGACGAGGAGAACUUGUCCGAGCAGCAGCGUAAGCAGAGGUUCAAGGAUGUCGACUUUCUCGAUCCCGACAUUUGGAACGAGUUGGGCUUGAGUCCGUGUCUGCAGAUGGGGAGGAGGAAGCAGAUGAUUGCCUUGGCGCGAAGGGAUGUCGCAUCCGGGGAGGAAGGACAAGCGUCGACGAAUGCAGAUGAGAACGAGCCGUCCCGAGCAGCGCAGAACGAUUCUACCGGAUCAGACCUGGACGUGGCAAGUCCACAAGGAGAAGAAUCCGGCAAACCCAACGGCCUCACCAUGGGCGUCGUCGAAGGUCUGGCCGACGGUUCCAACCCGCUCGCCACCGACUCUAAGUUGCCCGCAGACACACAAGAACAACGUGGGCUUCAACCCGAAAACCGCCAAGGUGCGCAGCGCAACGCCUCCGCGGAGCUAGACUUUGACAGGCUCGACUACGCCACACAAAGCUGGCUCUACCUUGAACGGACUCUGUCCGAAGUGCGCCAAUUCUGGUCUGAUAUCGAGCGCGGCUUUGACGAAUCCAAACUGCACGAGUAUCCGCCGCUGAUGCUGCUGACGUCGGGACGGACGCCCAGUGUUCGCGGGGCGUUGGUGGGUGUGGACCAAGCGGGGCAGUGGAAGGACGAUGUGCGCGCAGGCGACUAUUCGCGUAUGACGUACGGCGCUGGUGACGGAGUGAUCACUCGACGCUCCGCCACCACACUGCCCGGUCCAUGGUCGCGCCUUCUCGCUUCGCGGUCCGAAACCGAGCAGCUGCCUGAACGGUUCCAUGGAAGGGGUCCACCAUUCAAGCCAAGUGCAGGGAAAGCGAGACUCAAACUUGACAGGUACCCGAUGCACUUUGACGGCGAGGGCAUCGUCGAGAGCUCCCAUCGCCACGUCACGCUGUUGAGCGACGUCGAUGGCAUCGGCAAGUGCCUGGAGGCUGUGAGGAGGGCGAAUCUGGUCAGAGGCAGGUUGACGCUCAGCGACGGGAACGAGGCGUGA